AUGGCUCUCAGACAAUCCCUGUGUCCAGUCUCAGAGGUUGAUGGGAGGAAACAGACAGUCCAUCCGUAUGUCUUUGCAGACGGGGCUCACUUGAAUUCAACUCCACGUCCGGAAGAGAUCUUCACCCUGACAUCCCCAAAGAUAGGGGGAAAGGUGGGGAACAAGGAGACAAAGGAGAACAUGACAGAGGCACAGGAGAACAUGCAGCACACUGCGUUUGGGAAGGCCUUUUAUGAUCUGACCCAUUCAGAAAGGGUGAUGAAUGAUCUGACAUUUGGACGGCGGGUGGGGCUUUACGAGCUGAGAGGAGAGAUUGGCUCUGGAAACUUCUCUCAGGUUAGAUUGGGGAUACAUGACCUGACCAAAGAAAGAGUGGCAGUAAAAAUCUUGGAGAAAGGGCGUUUGGACAAGCAAUCGCAAGCACUUUUCGCCUCCGAAAUCUCUUGCAUGGAGAAGCUGUCUCAUCCCAACAUAGUGCGCCUGUAUGAGGUGGUGGAGACGCUCAAGCGACUCUAUCUGGUGAUGGAGUAUGCCAGCGGAGGAGAGUUGUUCUCCCGUAUCAGCACCAGAGGGCGCCUGUCAGACCUUGAGAGCAAGCUUGUGUUUUCCCAGGUCCUGUCUGCUGUCAAAUACAUGCAUGAUAAUAAUAUUGUGCAUAGGGACCUGAAGGCAGAGAACAUCUUCUAUACCAGCACCUACUGCAUUAAAGUGGGUGACUUUGGUUUCAGCUCCUCCUGCUGCCCCAGCGAUGUCCUUUACACGUUCUGUGGCUCUCCACCUUAUGCAGCCCCUGAGCUGUUCAAAGAGAGAAGUUACAUUGGUCAGUAUGCAGAUAUCUGGGCACUGGGUAUCUUGCUUUACUUCAUGGUGACUGCUACUAUGCCAUUCAAAGCUACUAACACGGGCAGGCUUAGGUGUUGUAUCCUGCAGGGCUCCUAUUCUAUUCCCCCAUAUGUACCCAGACCCUGCCAGAUGACCAUUAAGGGCCUCCUGAGGCCGGUUCCUGUGGAUCGCCUCACUCUGGCACAGAUCAUGGACAGCGAUUGGAUGAGAGGUAUUGAAUACCCCCAGGCCUACCCAGAGUGUGACCCUACACCCUACCACCUGUUCGAGCCUUCCAACAUCCUGAGCUCAGAUGAACUGAAUGUGAAGGCAGCACUGGAGGAUCUUGGCAUCACCAAGGCCAGUCUCCUCAACAACAGUGUAGACCUGAGAAGCCCCAUUACUGGGGCUUACCGGAUUUUGCUACACCGCAUCCAAAAGAGGAGUUCUGUGGAAGCUGUGGGCUACAGCCAGAGGUGCACCAGAGAAUCCCACAACAGACUCAGAUGGAGAGCCGGCUCAGAUGGCCUGCUAAACAAACGCCACUCUGUGGUCUGUGUCAUCAUGUAG